UUGGCUCGGCGAGCUGCCCGUCACGCCAGACUUCUGGAAGUGUCCGCCGCCCACAACGAACAUGGAGGACGAUAUUUCCGAUUUGAGCAGACCGCAAAUGUUUUUGUUCGGUUGUACCUUGAAAUCGGAUAAGCGGGAGUUUAAAGUUGACAUAGAUGACGACGAUGCAGAACAGCAGCUGUCACUCAAAGCAGUGUGUCUGGGUGCUGAGGCUGAGGACAAGUUCCACCUGGUGGAAGUGGAAGGGCUCACGUAUGAUGCAAAGGCUACCAAAGUGCCGCUUGUUGUCCUGAAGCCCUCCGUCCUGCCCUCUAUGAAUUUAGGUGGGUUUGAGAUCACUCCUCCAGUAACCUUUCGUCUGGUGUCUGGUUCUGGACCGGUCCACAUCAGCGGGCAGCAUUUUGUCAGUGUGAAGGAGUCUGAUGAUGAAGAGGAGGAAAACAACACGUCACCGGUGAAGAGGCCUGCAAACCUGUCGUUGAAGAAGCCUCCCUUGAAAAAACUAAAGAUGGAUUCAGACGAAGACGAUGAUGACGAAGAAGAAGACAGUGACGAGGACGACGAUGAUGAUGAUGACAGUGAUGAAGAUGAUGUGAAGCCUCAGAAGAGUGUGGAGAAAGUACCUAAAAAAAUCCCAGAAUCUUCAGCUAAAAAGGCCAACAAGACGCCAGUGAAACAAAACGGCCCUGCAGGAAAACCGUCUGGAUCAGCAACCAAACCUCAGAUUAAGACACCUUCCCAGGGAAAAGAUAAACCUAAAACUCCAUCUCUGUCUGACGUGAAGAAUAAACUGUCAACGGCAGCUAAAGAGGGGAGACCACUACCCAAGACAGAGCAGAAGUUUGAAAACUACUUGAGGACUUCUUUUAAAAUCAUAGACAAAAAUGUGGUCAAAGAUCUCUGGAGUUUUCUGCAAACACAGAAGAAGUAACGUUUAUCCAGAAGCAUUUCUGUGUUUUCCUGCAAGACUUUUAAAAGGCCCAGUCAACACACUCUUAUCCUGUCAACACGUCUGAGGUCUAUGGCUGGAAAAGUUGCAUUUAAAUCAUAGAAUCGGACACUUUUUUUUUUAAAAGAUGCAAAGCAUUUCUUGUGCUGGUUCCUCACAUCAUGUGAACCGGGCGGUUAAUUCUUUGUAUCAGCAAAAGUACUGUUUUGUUUAAAUAUACAUUUAUGUUCUUGAAAUUUUCCAGAUCAUCUACUAUUUGUUAAUGGAUUUCACUAUUUCUUUUUUUUUUUUUUACCAUUUUCCGAAACGUUUUGCCCCAAUGAAUGUAACACUUAAGCUAUAACUCAAGGGAUGAACUGGUGUUUUAUAACAGCCAACUUCACAAAUAUAUAACCUGUUUUAUUUGCUAUAUUUAAAUUAAACCAGUAACAAUGAGGUGAUUUGAUUUAUAGCGGUGGUUUUCAAACUUUUUAGCUUCCGGCCCACAAAAUAACAGUUGCACAAACUUGCGAUCCCAGAUUUUACUGGUUAAUAUUUGCAAACGUUGCUAACACCUGUAUUAAACAUGGACAAAAUAACAAUAUAAGCAAACCUAAUAACCUUGAAACUACUUUUAUUAAUUUAUUAUUGUUAUUAUUUUUCCAUAUUUAUGGUGACUUUUGCUAAUACCAAUUUCUUUACAUUUAAAUUGUCUGCAAAUCAUUUGGGGACCCUCACUUGAUGUUUCAUGACCCACAAAGGGGUCCACACCCUAACUUUGGGAACCAUUGGUCUAUAGUUGUGGAUCAACUGGAUGAUGCUUCAGUAACAGACAACCAGUGGGAAAAAACCCCACUGUCACAGAAAGACUUUGAUAGACUUUCAGAUGAUCUGGUAAAUCAUUGCAAUAAGUUCAUGUUUCAAAUAAUUCAAUUAAAAGCAUCACUGAGGCAAAAUCUAACAACGUGAAGGUGACUGAAGAUGUUUGCACAGUACAGUAUCUUGUUUUUAUUUGACUAAAAGACUUAAAAACAGAAAUCCUACUCACAAAACCAGCUGCAGUACUAAGAAGGAUUAUAUGGUGUACCUGUCCGGUUGGAUGGUUUCUUCCUCGGUUGUUGAAAGCGAGGUUGAGGUUUCAUCACUUCCUGUUGCUUUAUGCAAGAGGCUCCUCAACAGAUCCUUCACUUUUUAUUUCUUAAAGUUUUCAUUUCUUAAACUGUUUCUUUUCUUUUUUUUAAACAACAUAAAAGGAGAAAUUGAUUGCAGAUUGUGUCUUCAGAAGUCUCAGCUGUAAUAUUCAGGACCGCUAAUAAAGAGCACGAUAAUUUCCUAUCAUCAGCCAGUAAGUGUCUUUUGCUUCUGUCUAUUUUUUUGUUUCUCAACAAGCUCGCUGAAGAAAUGUUGAUUUGUUAAACUGUAAUUCGCUCUUUCAUGUAAAAGCUCUGUUGUGUCUCUCAGUUUGUAGAAUUACUUUAGCGACUCUUUUUUUGUUAAAACCCUGAUGAAAUCUGUUUUGCUGUAACGUUUCCUAAACUUUGGUUCCACAUUAAGAUUUGGUUAGUUGUAGGCUUCUUUACCUAAAUGAUUAGAUGAGUACCUUAUCAGUACCUCGAUAAAUCGAUAAAUUCCCUAAAGCUAAAACUUUAAAGCCUUUCCUGGAGUUGAAGUGUUUGUCUCUUUUAUUUCUAAGGCUUAAAAAAAUUAAAAUGCUUAAAGAAAACUGUCAGUCAUUUCUACUAAUUCGUCUAAGACUUGAUUAACUUUAUUUUCUGUGAAUGAUCUUCUUGUUUUGUUGAAAAAGCUGGCAGCUGAACUGUUUUAAAUGUUUGCUUCCUGUGUCUUAGGAACAUUUAGCCCCCUAUUUUUUAAAUGUAUGUUCAAAUUUGCUAUUAAAGUGUUUUCUUUUUCAAAAUA